CUAACAUAGGGUUAAUUGGGUACGUAUAAUUUUGAGUUCGUAACGAAAAUAAAAACAAAAAACAAUAAAUAAAUAAAAAAAAUCAGGAAAAAUGAACUUUUCUCUUAAAUUCUUAACCACAAAAUCGACAUGCUUUUCGUCGAUAUCAAACACAUUGUGGAAGCUAAAUCGUCGACAGUUUGUUUCCUGUAAGUCGCCUCCGAUUAGAAUGAAAAUCACACCAGCACCUCCCAUUAUACCCAAAACAUAUAUUAACAAAAACGAGGAUUUAGGACGUGCUCUUUCGCCUCAUUUAUCCAUUUAUAAACCACAAAUAACCUCAAUAAUGUCUAUUACUCUGAGAAUGACUGGUUUGACUUUGGGCGUUAUAGCCUGGGUAGUGGGAUUAACGGCUCUAAUAACCGAUCAUAAUGUUGAUUAUUUGGUUAGUGAAUUGGAGAAACUUGAAUUGGAUGAUUGCUACUGGACGUCUGCUAGAAUUGUUGUGACAUUUCCUUUUGCUUUUCACUUUGUGGCUGGAGUACGCCAUUUGUUGUUCGAUACUUCUAAGUUUUUGGAGAAACCACAAUUCUAUGCCACUGGUUAUGCAGCCAUAAUUGUUGCUAUUUUAUUAUCAGUAUGUUUGGGCAGAAUAGUUGAUAUGCGUGAGAAGUUGAAUGAAAUUAAAAAAGAAGAAAUCAAGGAAAAAUGAAAUGUUUUCUGUUAUUUCUGAGAUAGUUUUUGUUAUUUAAUAAAAUAGAAAAAUAUCUUACCAUUUUUUAAAAUUA